UCCCCGUUAUCGGGCUUUAUUUUUGAAUUAAAAAACAGCGAGGUAAAUCAUGUUUAACGGGUGUUUCAGUGCCUGCUAGCUAAUGCUAUGUGAUAGCAAGCGGCUAGGCUAGUUAGCCAGUUAGCAGCUAGGAACGAAGCUAAUAUUAGCCAAAGAUAAUUUAGCGUUAAAAGCAUUUAUUCUGGUUUGAAACGGUUGUUGAAAGUGCGUGUUUAUAAUCCAGCUAUUGUGUUGAAAUGUUGCUGCAUCGGGAGUGUUGUCUGCUAGCCUGUUAGCGUAGCAGUAACGUGUUGAGAGUGUGUGUGUGUGUGUGUGUGUGUGUGUGUGUGUGUGUGUGUGUGUGUGUGUGUGAGAGAGAGCGUGUGUGUGUGUGUGUGUGUGAGAGAGAUAGAGCGUGUGUGUGCGUGUGUAUGUUUGCGCGGGGCGUUGAAGCCCAUAUUUGGUAUGUCCGUAUUGGCCUGACGGUGGUACUGCAGCUUCGGUGAUUUAUCUGAGAGUGAGAGAGCGGUGGCGGCGCGAAGGGAAACUACUGUGCAUGCUCUGUGGGCCCACAUCCGGGUACCUUCUGAACCCACAGUCGCUCUAUUCUGAGCUUCAUGCGCUACUGAACACAGCUCUCAUAGGAAUGAACGGAGCCCCGCCUCUGUCUCUUAAGACUGUGUGUGUGUGUGUGUGUGUGUGUGUGUGUGUGUGUGUGUGUGUGUGUGUGUGUGUGUGUGUGUGUGUGUGUGUGUGUGUGUGCGCGCACGCGCUGAUAGUAAAUGGCAGGCACAUGACCACUGGCUCUCUGUAAAGACUGCAGUGAGACAUGGCAUUGUGGGGGCUGAGUACGGGCUGCGUCUCCCCGCAAGAACGAGCCUCCUUCUCCGGUAGAGGUCGCAACGUUUACCGGCGCCCCGACUGCCGCCGGUCUCCACCGACAUGCAGCGGGCCUUUGUUUACAACCUGAGUUUAACAUAAAGUGUCUUUGUUUGUCUUCUAUCUGUGAUAAUGUGUUGUUUUACGUAUUUUCUGUGUCUUUACUAUCGUGUUUCUCUUUGUUUAUUGUUUUGUUGUUAUUUUUAUUAUUAGGUAUUUUGUGAUAGUUGUGAUAGUCUGUUUGUGGUAAUGUUUGUUGUUUUGAGUCUCUUUGUGGUUGUUGUUGUUUUGAGUCUCUUUGUGGUUGUUGUUGUUUUGAGUCUCUUGGUGGUUGUUUUUGCUAUGAUUUGUGGUAUUUGAGUUUUGUUUAGAUUUACAGUAUUUCUGAUCCUGUUGUGAUUGUUUUGGUUGUUGUUUUGAGUCUCUUUGUGGGAAAACCAACACUUUCAGAUGAGCCUUAAAACAAAUGACACUAAUUGGAAAGUGAAAUGUGUUUCUCUGAAGGGAAAAUGAGUGUGAAGAGCGUUUUGUCCUCAGAUGGUGUUUCUCAGCGCUGGUUAGACGGUCCAGAUGUCGGAGGACCAGCGGCAGGCCGAGGCUUCCCGGAGGGGGGAGACCGAUCUGGAGGGGGGGGAGGGCGACACGGAGCCCAGCAUGCUGCUGCAGAAACUCAAGAGCAACAUCUCUAAAGGUGUUCAGACCAAAGUGGAUCAGAUCCUGCAAGAUGUUCAGCGUUUCUCCGACAACGACAAGCUGUACCUGUACCUCCAGCUGCCCUCGGGACCCAGCGCCGGGGACAAGAGGUCAGGCCUUAUUUUAUAUCAUUUCAUUUGUAUUUUCUAUUUGCUACGGGGACAAGAGUUUAAAGCCAUACAUUUCUAUAAUGUAACCACUAUAUACUAUACCCUGUGCAGUGGGGGGGGGGACUCCAGCUCCUUCAACACAGCGGACCAGCUCCACACCUGUAACUGGAUCCGCAGUCACCUGGAGGAGCACUCGGACACCUGCCUGCCCAAACAGGACGUCUACGAGACAUACAAGAGGCACUGUGAGAACCUGCAGCAUCGCCCGCUCAGCGCCGCCAACUUCGGGAAGAUCAUCCGAGACAUUUUCCCCAACAUCAAGGCUCGGAGGCUUGGCGGCAGAGGACAGUCCAAGUACUGCUACAGCGGCAUCCGCAGGAAGACGGUGCUUAACAUGCCUCUACUGCCCAACCUGGACCUGAAGAACGACCCGGCGGAGCUGACGGAGCUGGUGCAGACGUACAAACAGGAGGUGACGGAGGCGGCGUGCGAGCUGAUCUGUGAUUGGGCGCAGAAGAUCCUGAAGCGCUCGUUCGAUACGGUGGUGGAGAUCGCCCGGUACCUGAUCCAGGAGCACAUCGUAAACCCUCGCUGCAGCCAGGCCGAGCUGGUGGCCUCUGCUGCCCUCGCAGGAGGUCCAGCCAAAUCCCACAAAGUGAUCAAGAAGACGCCGGUGAUCUCUAAAGCAGAGAGCGAGGGAGCGGCAGAUCUGAAGAAGGACCUCGGGGACUCUUCCUCCUCGUCUUCACUGAAGCCUGGAGACAAAUUAGCUGCAACAGGGAAGCCCUCCUCUUUGGACGCUCCUCUUCCUCCUUCCUCCUCCUCUUCCUCUUCCUCUCUGUGUCCCGCGGUGGAGGCCUUCAUGAAGCAGUUACCCAGAAUCCUCCCCCGCUCCUCCCUCCCUGAUAAGGCUCACCUCUCUGUUCGCUCCUCCCCCCCCUCGCUGGCUCCCAAAGACUCACCAGGUGUCGGGGGAGGGGCGACUGGAGGUCCGUCCGCUGCGACCGGAGGGGGGAUGAAGGUCAUCGCCAUGGGGGGUGGGGCGCUGCCGGUGAUGAUCCUUCCGCAGGGCGUCCUGUCCUCCCCACCUCCUCCCCCGCCCGCCCCUCAGCUCGCAGCCCCCACUUCCGUGCUGCAGAAACCCCGGGGGGGCGGCAGCAAGCGGCCCCCAGACCCUGGACCCCCCGCCCCACCCCUGAAGAGGAAGCGAGGACGACCCAGGAAACCCCGACCAGAGGACGCCCCGCCCCCCCCGCCUCCCGCCGCUCUGUCUCCCAAACCUCCUCCCUCGCACCUCCCUAUCAUCACCUCGGUGGCGGGGGGCGUCAUCCAGAAAGCCUCGUCCUGUCCUCCCCCCUCCCAGCAGCAGGUGCUGGAGUUGGUUCUACAGGAGCCGGGGGGAGGGCUGGUGCUGCAGGAGCACCGUGGGGGAGGGGAGUCGGACCGCCUCCCUCGCCCCCUGCUGCUGCUGCAGAGUGCAGGGACCCCCCCGAGCUGGGAGCUGCAGGGACGCACCCCCAUGGUGGAGGUCAUCCGGAAGGCUCCGCGGCCAGGAAACAACCUGGCUCCCCCCACAAUGCACUCUCCCUCCGCUGCACACCUGCCCCCGCUGCCCCCCCCCACGCUGCACGAUGACCAGGUGGAGAUCACCCUCACCCCCGUGGAGCUGCACCUCAACCCCUCCACUUCCUGUUCCUCCGCUCCUGCUUCCUGCUCCAUCACAGUGCUGAGGGGGGAGGAAGAGGAGGGGGGGGAGAGCUCUUCCUCAAAGAAGGAGGGACUCUGACUCUCUUCUAUCAUCUGUUUACCUCACCUGGACCAUUAAGUCCCGCCCCUCUUCGCCUUUCCUCUUCCUGAUUGGUGGAAAUCCCAGACUGAGGAUACAUGAAGCCAAUCACACGCUUUCAUAUUCACACCUGCCCUUCUUUCCUCAUUCCUUCCUUCCUUGCGUCCUUCCUCCUCCAUCUCCAGCCUCAGAGCAGCUGAUUUGUAUAAGAAGGAUAAAGGACAGAGUGACUAAAGGAAGGAGGGAAGGAGACACAGCGUUUGAAGAGUAGGUACUACGGGUCGGAGCCUCUGAAGGUUCCUAUGUGCUGAACAUUAAAGAUGACCUUUUAACCGGAGUGCCGCGCCCCCCCCCCCCCCAGCUCAUGGAGAUGCAGGAACAGGAAGUCCUGCCAGAGUGUGAAUGGAUGUGUGUUCUGUUUCGUGUGUGUGUGUGUGUGUGUGUGUGUGUGUGUGUGUGUGUGUGUGUGUGUGUGUGUGUGUGUGUGUGUGUGUGUGUGUGUGUGUGUGUGUGUGUGUGUGUGUGUGUGUGUGUGUGUGUGUGUGUGUGUGUGUGUGUGUGUGUGUGUGUGUGUGUGUGUGUGUGUGUGUGUGUGUGUGUGUGUGUGUGUGUGUGUGUGUGUGUGUGUGUGUGUGUGUGUGUGUGUGUGUGUGUGUGUGUGUGUGUGAGAGAGUGACUGGGAGAUACACAACUUCAACGCCCUCAUUGACCGUGCAGAAACCCGGUGUAGAGAGGAUCCAGGCUGUCAGUAAACUCAGAUAUUUAUUUGCUUCAUAAUCCUGUUUGGAUUUAAAUUUAGGAACGUACAGUCGGUCGAGUUCCUUUAAUUUCAGGUGUUUUCUUAUGAUUCCAGUUGCGUUAAGGCGUUAUAAUAUUUAUAUUUGUGGCCGUAAUACAAGCCCCUAAAUUUGUGUCUCAAAAAAUUAGAAAUUUAAAUGAAUAGUAUUUAUGUUUUUCUAGUAAAAUUAGAAUUAUUUAUUGUAGUUUAUCACUUUUGUUUUGUUCAUAUACAUCCCUCCUUAAAACACUGAUGACUUUCUCUUGCUGACAGGUGUGCCGUUUUAAACACCUUCUAUAGAAAGACUAUAAAUAUCUGAACAUCUUCAGAGCUCCUCAAAGUUGAAACUGGAGAAAGUGUACAGAGUGUGUGAAGUGUGUUCAGAUAUUUUUCUUCAAGAGAAAACAGCUGACAGCACGCUGGACAGUUUAGUCAUUCUCAUUCUGACUUUACAACUUAUGAGCUCCACAACAUGCCGCCCCACCUCGCAGAGCUAAACACGUUUCAGUUUAUUCAUUAUUAUUAAUAUUACAGUUAUUAAUAAUGUGGCCUAAAGUCUUCAGCACAGAGCACAGCACAAAGUGACCUGAAGAGAUGCAGUAUUAAUGAGGCCUCUGUAGCCUUAGCCUAGCUAAGCAGUCUUUGCCAUGCGCCCUUUGUACUGGCCCUCCUCUGAUCUAUGACGGGUUUUCGUCUCUAAAACUAAACAAAAUAUAUGAAUAUUAUUAUAAUUAUUAUGCUUUAAUGUAAUAAUGCUACGCAGCAGAUGAAUCAAAACUACUUUUAAAAAAGUCUGAUUUAAAUUUGAACUUUUUUAUUAUUAUUAUUUUUAAUUACCAAAAAUUAAUCAAAGAAAAUGAUCUGGCCCCCCCCCCCCCCCUUCUUCUUCGUUAUUGACGUUUUUAUGAUGUUUGUUUUUGCUGCCAAACUGCGGAGGGCGUCGUCUUCUUCGUUGGUGCCUGGUGUGUGUGUGUGUGUGUGUGUGUGUGUGUCCCUCCGUCCUAUGAGGUUGUUUAAGCACGUAUUUUUUUGUCUGUUAAAACUGUUGCAUGAUGGGAAAGUGAGUUUUAAGCAGCACUGUUGAUGCUCUCUUUUUUAAAUCAAACAAAGUGCCAUCACGUGGAAGAGAACAAGGCGUCGUCCUUCAGACCGAACUGAAGCUGUUCAGAAGGUAAACCCAGGGAGAGUCCUCCGGGUUUUUGGUUUUUUGGGAUCUUGGUUUUGUGGUUUUUAUGCAUCGAGAGAACUCUCUCUGUUCCCCGCGUCAGAGUGAGGGUGGCAGAUGUUGGAGAGGAGCGGGAAAUGUUGAACAGAGUUCAGAAACCGGAUCUAAAGCAGCGUUUGGAGACAGGAAACUCGCCUGUAAAGCUUCAGGAAGUCUCAGUGGGAAACAAAGUGUCCCGAUGCCAAGGAGUCCAGUUCGUCCCAGCUAGCCUAACUGGGACUAACUGGUCCAGAAAACAUGCAGAUCUUAGGGAGGUUAAGGCGGAAGAGUCCCAGCACAGGUUCUGGUUCUGGAGGCGGUGCUGGGAAUAUUUCACUGUGGAGCCGUGUGGCUCAAAACCAGAAACGGGUCAGAUAAUCAAAGAUUUAAGGAUCGGGAUUCGGGUAGCGGUGCGACGACCAGCAAGGAUGGAAAUCAGCGACCUCUGAUGUCACUUCCUGUUGUGUUCACUUUAACUCUGAUUGAUCGAGUGAAAGUGACACACACACUCGUCACAGGUCAGCCUGUAGACCUCGUGCAGGUCAAAGGGUCAGAAGGGUCUUAAAGGGACAUUCCAGAGGUUUCUGAGUCGGGGUUUGAGGUCCAGCUGUGGACGUAUUAAAGACUCCUAAAGAAGCUGUGACUUACAUUUCUUUAGAUUAACUUUAGAUCCCCUGCUGUAACCCAACCUCCUGACUCCUCACACGGGGGCGGAACUCUUUAAAGGGGUUCCAGUCUGACCAGCAGCUGAGGCUAACAAAUGCUUUGGUCUGGUGGUGUCCAUCAGUUCCUUUGGUGUUUAAAGGGGUUCUUCAGAGUCACACAACAAGACCAGUUAACCAACCGACUGGCACCCCCAGACUCCAGUCCCAGAGACCCUGAUCUGACCUGCUGGUUUAGUGUUUGUACGAUAGGUCUGUUUCUUGUGUUAUUGUGGGAUGUUUCUGAGUCUCUAAUCAACACAAUGACGUGCUUAAGGUGGCAGCAGUACAGGUUGUUGUUUCAGUGGGGUCUGGGGGUUGAACCCAACUUGCAAACACAGGAACUGUCCCUCUAACUCCUGAGGUAAACGGCCGUCAUGUGACCUGAACGAGGGUCAGUCAUAACUACUUUAUCUCUAGUUAGAAAUGGUGACGGUAUGACGAGGCAUUCGAGGGUCCUGGUCUCGCCCCGCAGAUUCUGUGGUGGAGAAAGUGAACCCAGCGUAAGAGGAAGUAGCCCUGUUUCCUGUCGGAGACGCAAUCAGAGUCACAUCUCACCAAUUCAUGCUGCCUCUGGGGCUUCUGGGUAAUGUAGUCUCUGAGAGUGCCUGUGACGUCAGACAGAUUAAGAGCUUCAGUGUAUUUUAUUGAAGAGAACCUCGUUUCUGGUUUCUCUGACCUCUGACCUCUGUCCUCUGUGUACAGCUCGUUGUGCAGAUUUUUAUUAUUAUUAUAAGUGUUGCUACGAAGAUAUUUGUUUUGCUUUGCAUGGUUUUGAUCCUGUGUCUGUUUUUGUAUAUCAAUCCCCCCCUCCCCCCCCCCGUGCUCAGCUGUUGUUGUUUUUUUGCACUUUAAUUGAAUAUUGAGGGGGGAGUUGGUCCAAAAAAAAAGAAAGUGUAAACGUUGCCCAAUAACCCCCCCCCCCCCCCCCCCCCCGUGAGCCCCUGUUGUUGUGAAGAGGACUUUAAUGUGAAUAUAUUUUCCUACCUGAGACUGGAAUAAAGGGAGUGACGUUCAAUGGCAGCAAGCAGAGUCCGUUAGUCACGCUUCUUUUAUUAAAGGCUUUUCCUUCUUUCAUUUGCUCUCUUUCAUUCGGACAUUUUCUCCUGUCUUUAUUUGGCUGUUUUCCUUUAAGUUGAUGAUUUAUUUCAUUUCCUUUGUUUCCUGACCUUCUUUUACUUGGGGUUUAUUUUACUUUGUGUUACUGAUUGUUUUCCUUUCUCUGUCUUUUAAUUACUUAUUAUUUUAUCUCCAAAUUAAACUGAUCAGAAUCUCCUAGUUUCCAGAUUUAAUAUCAGCAACAAAACAGGUAAAGGAAAGUCAAAAGUACUUGUUAUAAUACUGUACUUUAUAAACAUGUAUGUUUACAAGCAUUUCAUAAAGUAUUGUUAUUAAUAUUUGAAAAAAAUGAUGUAUAUAAAAACACAAUCUAGUUUAAUAAUUAACUAAACAAUCACAGAAAUAUAUAGUUCAAAUUCAAUAAUCAUAAAAUCUACAUUAAAUGUGUUUUAAAUAAAGAGAAAAACUCGGAUUUCUUUCAAAAUAAAUGUCUUUAUUUUUUCCCGGAAUCGGAAGUCAAACUGUUGUUGAAUCAGGAUCUUCUUCAGCAAGACUCUGAUGAUUGUGGGAAGUAUAAAUAUAUAUAGCUGUGGGAGGAACAACAUACUGGUUUCAUCCCACCGGAAACUGAGCCAAAACCAGCAUCAAGACGAGGAACACCGGAACUGACGCAGGCUGGUCUUCAAAAUAAAAGCCAUAUGACAAUGUGACGCUUAAAUGUUUGUUGUUGUCAUGCAAUUCUUUAUAAUAUAAAUAAUAUGAGGCCUUUUAUGAGCUCAGGCACCAUAUUUAGAACAAUUUGUUAGGAUAUAUUUAAUA